ACCCAAAUCAUAGAAAAAAAAUCGGCACUCUUUGAUGCUUGCCCUCCAGUAGAAAGAACAAAUUGAAGAAGUUAGUGGAAAUUCAAACAAAAAUCCCAAAUCAUUUCAGUCAAUCACCAGAUCCCUCAAAUCCCCCAACCCUUCCCCCUUCCCCGCCAACGAAGAUAAGAAGAAGCAAUGCAGCCACAACUCGCUGACGCUUUUCGAUUAUGACUGCUUCCACUGCAACACCAGCUUUUGGUUUCGCAGGGAUUCCUCCCCCAACCGCGAGCUCAUCCACCAAGCCAUCAAAGCCUUCAAGGACUACUUGAACUCUGGUGGCACAUUCAAGAACUCCGUCAGUUCAAAAUUGAAGAACUCUCUUCCAGAUAUUGCAGUUGCAACAUUCACGAAACGUACUCUCUUCGUCUCUACCCGUCAAUAAUUCUAUGGGCAAGGGCACCUACGCUGCCCGCCUCUCCAAGCUCGUCGUUGUGCCCUACAUCACCACCCGGUGAUCUCAUCCGCCACGAGCUCUCUUCAUCUGGCCCCCUCUCCUCUAAGAGGCGGGAAUUUUCACUGUAAUAAGCAACACGCAGAGCACCACCUCUCUCUCUCUCUAACUAACAACCAAAAAGUGCACACAACCACGCACUGGAAAUGGCGGAGGCGCGUAAGAAGCAGCAGGCGGCCAAGCAACUACUAAAGCAAAUCGGCGAGCAACUCGUCGCCUGCGAAACUUGCCCAGAUGAGAGCAUUAUCGUCAAACUACUCAAGAAAGCUACAAGUGCAUUCAUGGAGUUAAAGCAGUCAGACUCAGAAAAUCAUUCAUCCAAACCACCUGGUAAUUCUCGAACGAGGCAAGGCAUACUUGACCAAAGAGACAGAGAUGCUUGUGUUCUCGCACCAGAUCCUGCUUUUAGCCAUGCAGUUUCGUCGAAGAUUUUUAGAUUUCUUUUACGCAUGUUUGAGGAGCUUCAUGACACCUCCAGCAAAUAUUUCCGGACACGGGCCAAAAUAUUGGAGACUGUUGAUAAACUGCAGUUUUGUUUGGUAAUGCUUGAUACUGGAUGCGAAGAUUUGGUUCUCAAAAUGUUCAAAAGCUUCUUCAGUGUUGUAAGGGAGGAUCAUCCUCAAAGUUUGAUUGAUUCAAUUUCAUCAAUCAUCACAAGCAUCUUGGCGGAGAAUGUGGAAGCAGACCCUGACCCUCUUGAAAGGAAUACAUUUCAGCCACUGUUAGAUGUGAUUCUACGGAAUAUUAUUAGGGAGAAGAAGGCUGCAGCAUCUGCUUCCUAUCGACUAGCUGCUUCUGUUGUACAAAAUUGUAGUGAAAAGUUGAAGUGCUAUAUAUGUCGGUUCUUGACGUCAUGCAUAUUGAAUAGAGAUGCAGUUGGGAGUCCGUUUAAAGAAUCUUAUCAUGAAAUUAUACUUGAAAUCUACCAAGUUGCUCCUGAGUUGCUUCUCUCUGUCAUACCUCAUUUGACCCAUGAAUUACUGACUGAUCAGGUUGAUGUCCGGAUUAAGGUUCUUAAUUUAAUAAAAAAGCUCCUAAUGUUGCAAGGGAAAAAUGUUGCACGGGAAUAUCCAUGUGUCUUGAACGAGUUGCUGAAUAGAUUCUCAGACAAGUCUGCAGAAGUGAGGCUUACUGCUCUUACUUCUGCUAAAGCGUUGUACAUCACUAAUCUAUCUGGGAAAGAUUCACUUGAGGCACUCUUCACUGCCAUUGGGGGUCGGCUGUUAGAUCAUGAUGACAAAGUGAGAAUGGAAGCAGUGAACGUGGUAUGUGAACUAGCUAAGACUAACUUGAAUCGGAUAUCCUCAGAUUUAAUAACUCAAGCUGCCGAAAGACUUCGGGACAAGAAGGUUUUGGUCAGAAGUAAAGCCUUUGAAAAGUUGGUAGAACUAUACCAGGAAUACUGCACAAGGCUUGCUGCAUGCAUAACCUCUUUCAAUGAAAAAGUUGAAGAAAUUCCUUGCAAAUUUUUGAUGCUUUGUUAUGAGAAAGACUGCCAGGAGUUCAGGCCCCAAGCCAUGGAGCUUGUGCUAGUGGAUCUGUUUCCUGCUUGUCUUCCGAUUGAGGAAAAAACAAAGCAUUGGAUAUCUAUAUUUUCGCACUUCAAGCCUCCUCAUCAUAGGGCACUGAAAAUUAUUCUAUCACAGAAACGGAGGUUAAGGGAUGGGAUGAAGCAUUAUUUGGACCUGUGCAGAAGAACAGAGGAUACUGGUCCUGGAGAAACUGACAGAGAAAUAGAUGCACUGGUUGUCAAAAUGUGCUCAUGCUUUCAAUAUCCUGCCAAGGCAAAAGAUUGUUUUCAGAAACUAAAGGAACUCAGAGAUAAUAGGGUUUUUAGUGUGUUAGAGAAGUUUCUAAAAGAAAAUUCAGCUGACUCUGACACCAUAAAGGAUGUAUACUUGAAAGAGCUCGGGGAACAUAGAGCACUUUCCGAAUUCUUUCAUCUACUUUUUAAAAAGUGUGCCUUUAAUAUAUUUGGCAUUGAGCACGUCAGCUAUAUUUUAGAUUGUCUAUCAAGUGAAGAUGCAGAAGAAAAGCGCUUAAAAAAUUAUUAUGCGCAGCUUCUUCUGACAAUUAUCAGUGCCUUCCCCUCACUGCUUAAAGGAUCAGAGACAGAGUUCCAGCAAUUGAUACUUGAAAGGGAGAUUCCUUUUAAUGAACAGUUGAUUGAGAUGUUAGCUAGAGAGGGGUGUCAUAUGCCUGUUAAGCUCAGUGAUGUAUACCCUUUCCUGGAGAAAGUAUGUUUAGAAGGAACUCGUUCACAGUCUAAACUUGCUGUUACUGCAAUAUGUGCAUUAGUUGAUACCUCUGAGCAAUUUAUUUACCCUCAACUUUGCAAGAUACUAGUGGAUUCUCUACAGAGUGGAAAGAAUGCUCCUACUGUUUUGCAGUCCUUGGGCUGUCUGGCACAAUAUUCCGUUUCAACAUUUGAAUCUCAAGAAAAAGUGAUUACAAAUUACAUUCUUGAGAAAAUAUUUCAACAAAAUGAUGAUCUUGCUUUAAAGGAUCUUGAGCCUUCAACUUAUUGCAGUGUUUGUGAAUUAAAGGUUUAUGGGCUUAAAACAAUUGUGAGGAGCUUUCUACCACAUAAAAAUGCAUAUCUUGGUCGUCCAUUGAGUUUUUUGCUUGAGAUUAUCCAGCAGAUGCUACAAAAUCAUCACUCGUCUGCUGGCUGCAUCCAAUGUGGACGUGAUGAGGCCUUCAUCCGAUUAGCUGCAGCCAAGUCUGUUCUUCGGCUUUCAAGGAAAUGGGAUUUGCAUAUUUCUCCAGAGAUAUUCCGCUUAACAAUAUUAGUGGCCAAGGAUCCUUCUCCAAUUGUUCGCAGGUCAUUUACUACCAAACUACACAAGUUGUUGCUAAGUCACGCUGUGCCCAUUAGAUAUGCAUGCGCCUUUUCUUUUGUUGCUUUAGAUCCUCUCGAAGAUUUGUGCAGUAAUGCCUUAAAGUAUUUAGAAGAAUUUAUUCGUGAAUAUGGUAAAAGAGUUCAAAUCCAUGAAACCAUGACUACAGACAGAGCAGCUACUCACUGUGCAUGCCUAGUUGUGUUUUUGAUACAUGUUCUUGUGCAUGACCAUAAUUUCCCUGCUCCGGACUGUGAAGAUGUAAAGAUAUAUGCUGAGUUUAUGAGUCCACUCUUUGUCACUGUGCAGUCACUGAAUGGUAAUUUAGUUGAUCAUAACUUGCGAAGUAUUUUUAGUGCAUUGAAGAAGGCUGAGGAUGCUAUUGAUGCUCAAAUGACUCCGAAGGUGCGUCUUUUAGCAGAAGUGGGACUCUCUAUUUUAGAUUCUUUGAAUACCAAAAUCACGCCUCUCGGCCAUACUCCUGCCAUAGUUCUACUUCCAUCAUCACUAUACAAAAAUGGUUCUUCUAAGAUGAGAGAGGCUGAUCCCUACUCUUCACUUUGUUGCAAAGCUAAUCCAUGCUUUACUAAGAAUUUGGUUUCGAGCCUCAAAGCAGAGGUUUUUUUGAUUGGUAGCACCGGCACCAAGCACAAACAUCAGUUUACUGAGAAUUCUUUACGACCAAGUGGCACUAGGCACAUCAAACCAAGUCCUACAUAUGGUUAUAAAGAGAAAUUGUUGAUGGAUAAAACUAAAGAGCAGGUCGUUGAGCUCCAAAUAGGACAAAAGGAGCAGUUAGAUUCUUCCAAUUAUGAAGCUGAUACAAGAGGACAGCAAAACCUGGCCAUGCUGCCCCUACUUGGAACUGUUGUACUGGACAAUAAGCUUUCUGCUGCUGAAGAUAGAAACAAAACAGAUGCUUGUAGAGAACUGGAAGUCACACCCUCAGACCAUUGUGAUUUGAUGUCAAAAUCCUCAUUGCCUCAUGAUGAAUUUGUUGUUAGUUGUCCAAGAAACAAAGAUUCAACUAAUAAAACAGGCAGCUUUCCUGCUGAGCCAUCUGGAUCAUCAACAUCCAGCGACCAAGUGAAUCAUCUUACGUCUAAGAAUACGGAGAAUAUUGAAAACAAUGGUGGAGGAUUAAACAGCAAACAUAUUAAAACAUGCACUCCAACUGAAGAAUGCUGUUCUGUUGUUGAGGACAGUUUUGAUUCCACCAAGAUCACUCACCAGGAUUUGGAUGAUCCCCUACCACAAAACUGUGAUCAAAGCAGCAGUUGUACAGCUAACGCUGAAGCAGAAAACCUGGAUUCAUAUGCAUGUGAUUCCAAAGAAGCAAAUUUGCCAAAGAAAAGAGAUCUCCGCAUCAGAAAAGUUCCUCAGGCUGCGAAAAGAAGUAAGCAAUUGCAUGAUCCCAUUGGAACAGCAAGCUCUGAAGUCCUUGAUUUGAGUGGCAACCAGCCAAGGCGGAGCAAAAGACUGAAAGUUUGAGGUAGUAUGAUGCUCCAAGAACAGCUUAGUUUGGUGACAAACUAAUGUGAUGGAAGUAAAUAGGUUGUUUAUAUGUUGAUAGGCAUAGGCAUGAUUCUUUAUUUCAGUUUUCUUGUCAGAAUUAAAUUGGUAUCUGUCGAAUAUGGGCCGGUCUGACCCGGUCCCAUUUUUAGACGGGUUGUGCCAUAUCGUCUCGAAUCUUUGCCUGCCUUGCUCUCAUCAUUUAUUCUAAACUCUUUAAUUAUGCUAUUUUAUU